AUGGCGUCUCCAAAAAGGCAGCUUGUUGUCUUCGAUUUCGAUUGGUCUAUGUCCGAUCAGGACACUGAUAGAUGGAUAUUUGAAGUCCUUGCUCCCGACCUCCGGCGAAAGAUGAAAACCCUGAAAGACCAAGUCCAAUGGACUGAUUUGGUGGGUCAGUCUCUGCGAGAGGCUUUCGCUCGUGGGAUCACGAAGGAACAGAUCAUACACACACUCCAGAUCAUGCCCUUCCACCCGGCAAUGGUCAGAGCUGUGACCGAAUUGAAGAACAGAGGGGAGACAACAUUCUUAUGCUUGUCCAACGCCAACUCUGUUUUCAUCAAGACGAUCUUAGAGUCUAAAGGUCUUUCUAAUUUGUUCCACGAAAUCAUAACCAAUCCGGCCGAAUGGGAUCCCUCGGGUUUACUAAAAGUGAGCCGGAGAGUUGAUCCCAGCGGCCCGCAACACAGUUGCAAAGUUGGUUGUAGUCCCAACAUGUGCAAAGGUGAAGAACUCGAAGCAUUCCUUUCCAGACAAGGCAUAGAAUAUGACCACAUCGCAUAUGUUGGUGAUGGUACCAACGAUUUCUGCCCAAUUCUGCGCCUGAGGAGCCAAGAUACCAUUUUCUGCAGAACCGGCCGAGGUCUGCAGAAACGUAUCGAAAAAGAAGGUGAACAAGAAGGGCUGAAAUGCAAUAUCCAGUACUGGGGAGGUGCUUGGGAAAUCGAAGAAAAAUUCAGCAAGCUCUAA